AUGACCUCAAGCCCUGCAGGCACGUACAGCAUGCAGCUCGCAGCCUGUGUCGCACUGACGCUAGUACUCCUUGUCAACAGUGCACCCACUUCAGGCUCUACCAAGGAGACACAGCAGUACCUGGAGCAGUUGCUGCUGGACUUACAGCAGCUUCUGAGAGGGGUCAAUAAUUACAAGAAUCCGAAACUCCCCAUGCUCCUCACGUUUAAAUUUUACAUGCCGAGGAAGGCCACAGAACUAAAGCAUCUUCAGUGCUUGAAAGAAGAACUUGGACCUCUGUAUGAUGUGCUAAAUUCGGUUCAAAGCAAAAACCUUUACUUGGAAGAUGCUGGGAAUUUCAUCAGCAAUAUCAGAGUAACUGUUAUGAAACUAAAGGGCUCAGAAAACACACUCAAGUGCGAAUUUGAUGAUGAGACAGUGACUGUGGUGGAAUUCCUGAGCAGAUGGAUAAACUUCUGUCAAAGUGCCAUCUCAACAAUGACUCAAUAA